AUGCAUAAUAUCGGUUCUUGGUUUAGUUAUUUUCUAUCGUUUCUAUGGAUUCUAACAUUAACAUUGAUUACGAUUGUCAAAUCAUUCUUUAGUAUAUCAAAGCAGUCGUCAAAUGAAGUUCAUCGUGGUCGUCGUAUUGUAGUCGUUGGCGGUGGUAUUGCAGGAUGUGGGGCUGCAUACGCUCUUCAUAAAGCUGGAUUUGAUGUUACUAUUUAUGAAACUAGUGAAAAAUUAGGUGGAAAUGCAAAAACACACAAAUGGAAUGAUGGUAUUACAACAGGUUUAAGUGUAUUAGCAUGGCCUGCCACAUAUUUUCGAAAUUAUAUCCAUCUACUUCAUGAGUUAGACAUUCAAACCACAACUGUAAAAUUACCAUUUAUGAUACGUGAUAAUAAUCAGCAACAUUAUUAUGCACAUGAUAUGGAUAAUACGGAACUUGUUAAAAUAUUUAAAAAUGAUUUAAAACGAUGGGAUAAAAUCAUUAAUAUGAUAAGAAAAUAUACAAAUAUAUAUUGUAAUAGUGAAUUAUCAAUGUACCAUAUGUCUUACUUUAAUGUAUUCAAUUAUAUACCCUUAAAAUUAUUAUGUUUUUUAUUUAAUAUUAGUGAUAGAUUUUAUUCAACUAUAAUUGUAUCAGUUUAUUCAUCAUCGUUUUUAACAACUAAUCUACGUUAUAUACCAUCAUCCAUUUUACCUUUAAUAGAUGAUUUAAUAUCGGUACAAUACAAUCGUACUCCUACAAUGGAUACAUGGAUGAUGUCAACAAGUGAUGAUGUAUUCCAAAGAAUGACUAAAAAUAUUCAAGUCAAUACACUAACACCUGUCACAUCCGUGUAUAUUAACGAGAAUAAUAGUCAUAUUUAUAUUAAUAAUGAUCCGAAAUGUUAUUAUGAUAGGAUUAUAUUUGCAUGUGAUGCAGAGAGUACACUAAAGGCAUUGAAUAAACAAACAUCUCUACUAUUACAGACAUUACUGAAGAAUAUAACAUAUACAGAUGAUGAUGAUAUAUCAUUUAUUAAAGGUAUAGUACAUAGUGAUGCUAAUGUAUUACCAGAACAAUACAAAAGUUUAUUAGUUUCAAAAUAUUCAAAUUUUAUUGACGUUAGAUAUGAUCAUCAUUACCCGAUCUAUCAUAAUACAUUUAUUCUAUCAUCAUGGGUACCAGCUGCUAAAGAUCACGUUAAUUUAAAGCCUAUGUUAGUAACAUAUAGCUCAGACCAAUCAAUUUUAUCUUCUAUUAAUCCAAACUUAAUUGAAGGUACGAUAUACAAUAGACGUGCACAUCCAUAUUUAACAUUACGAAAUAUGUUAAUUUCGAUGUUACUGAGAUUCGUUCAGGGCAAACAACGGAUGUAUUUUUGUGGCUCGUACUGUACACCUGGUAAUGGUCACGAUUUAUCAUUGUUAAGUGGAUUUGUUGUCGCUCACGUUAUUGGUGCUCCUUAUCCAUUUGAGAUAAAUUCUUCAGCUAAACGAGAUUUUCUACGUCUUCAACGUAUAAUGGGAUUAGAAUAA